AUGCCCCCCAUCCCUACCAACCACGCCCCCCUGCAGCCUAGCAGAGAGAGCAAGACAAGCCUUUCUAUGUCUGUCUCCCGUGAAUCGGUGAAGAGCAUCCCUCUGCCUGGCAGCAUGAACGGAGGUGCCCCGGUGCCCACCAGCCUCAGCGGGCAGCAGCUGGCCUCUGCCAUCCCCUCCCCCACCGCCGGAAAGUCCUGGCGCAGCAAAUCCAUGAACAUGAAGCACAGUGCCACCUCCUCCAUGCUCUCAGUCUCCACCUCGCCCUCUCCCUCGCCCACCCCACCCCCCUCCGACCGCCUACGGCCUCCCAUGACCGAGGCGCCCAAGUCGGGCUCUGUCACUGGCGCGUCCCAGAGAUCCAUGCUGGACAAGUUCCGGAUGAUAAACCCUCGCUCGGCAUCGCGGACCUCGCCGUCGGUGGCCGAGAUGGCCUUGCAGGAGGAGGAUGACAUGUCGGAGUACGGCGAGGAAGGGCUAAGCAUAACGGAGCCUACGUCGUCAAUGUGUACUAGCAGCACCAGCAGCGCCAAGCAGCUGGCCAAGUCUGCCUCGCCCCCUUCCCUGGCAGCAGCCAACAAGGGCUGUGUGAAGGGCUCGUCCCCCUCCGGCGGCGGCAGCAGUAAGUCCCUGCCCCAGCCCAAAGACAAGGAGGAUAAGAGCAGGAGCAGAGGAGACAAGGCCAUCACCUCUCCCAAAGAGGAACAACGGGAACCCAUGGUGGAUCCAACCAAGAAGACCUCUAAGAUUGCCAGCCUCAUCCCCAAGGGAGGCAAGCCCGCGGCGGGCAAGAAGGACAUUGCCAUCCCCCCUGCCUCCAGUGGAAUCCCCAAGCUUGGGCUCAAGGCCCCCUCGGCUACGGGGAAGCAGGCCGGCGGUCAAGCCCAGACCCAGACCCAGACCCAGACCCAGACCCAGACCCAGACCCAGACCCAGACCACCCAGGGUGGUAGUGGAGGAGGCAGGGAAGGGGACAAGGCCAAGGUAGUUAAAGGGGGCCAGGGGGGCUACUACAUGCAGCAGCGGUCCCUGGGGGGCCUGGAGGGGCGGCGGAGCAACAUGGUGUCUUCCACCAGCACCUCGGCCCUUUCCCAGCCCCCAGGGGCCAUGGGAGGGAACGGAGCGGUGCAGCUCCCCCAGCAGCAGCAGCACAACCACCCCAACACGGCCACCGUCGCCCCCUUCAUGUAUAGGACGUACUCCGAGAACGACUGUACCACGGUGGCCCCCUCAGACCACUGCCUCAGCCCCACCAAGGGAGACCUGGUCUACAGCAAGACCGCCAAACAGUGCCUGGAAGAGAUCUCAGGGGAAGACCCCGAGACGAGACGCAUGCGGACAGUGAAGAACAUUGCCGACCUACGGCAGAACCUGGAGGAGACCAUGUCCAGUCUGCGGGGGACACAGAUCAGUCACAGCACCUUGGAGACGACCUUCGAACAGCACGGUGACCACAGAGGUCAACGGGCGGAGUCUCACCGUCGCUCCGCUCCCAUGACCUCCUGGCGCCCGGCCAAUCAGCCCCAAGCCCCCGCCUACAAGCCGGCGACGCCCUUCUAUGCCCAGUACCUACACCACGGUCACACCACCUCGGACAGGCGGCGCGCCACGGGGCGGCACGGUCACUCUGACUCCUCCAGGUUUGUGUACAGUGCCCCCUGA